AUGGAAGAAACGUUACAUCAGUUGGACCCAAAUUACGUGAUCUGCCUGAAGUACUCUAAAGAAAACAUAACUAUUCUAUCAAAGGAGUUAUUCAAUCUUGGCACUUCAAUCCUAACAAGGCCAGGGCAUUCAAUUGACACAGUGUAUGCCUUCAUAAGAACUGAAGAUAAUGAUAAUGAAAUACACAAUGAAUCAAAUGAUGGUGAAGAACAAGAGAACCGAUCAGAUAAUGAUGCAACAUUGGUUGAAACUAGAGAAUUGGAUUUAUAUGAAACUCUAGAUAAAUUUGACUUUGUCAAGUCAAUUAUACCAUUAUAUGGUGCAAAGACAUCGAAGCAACUAAAUCAUUUUCUAAGACAACAGAUUGCUCCUAAGAAUCUCAUCUCUUUACCUACGGAUUCAGAUUUAAAAAAAUUAAAGACACUAAUGAGGAACGAUGGGCUCAUUGAGUAUUUUGGUUUUUUCAAAAAUUAUACAAAAUCAUUAGAACUAUUACUAAUUUUUGGUUUUCUUAUAAGGACAGUUUGUGGGUCUCUUUCAUGGGAAUUCAAUCCAUAUUAUACCACCUUUCUAAUCAUAUGGAAUCUUUAUUUCACUGCUUCCUGGAUUUAUAAAGUUGAGCCGGACUAUACAAAUAAACUUCGCUUAAAUACAACGACAUCAGGUGUACAUGACGUAUUAAAUACAUCAUUUAAUUCACCUAAGACGGUUCUCUUAAGGAAAUGUAGUUUUAUUCCUGUAGCGUUGCUUUUCGUUUCAUUUCUCGUAACCUUUCAAUGUCUUUGUUUUGUUGUUGAUAUUUUCAUUACCCAAUUUUAUUCAGGUCCUUUAGUCAUUAUUCUAACUUUAUUACCAACCGUUCUAAUUUCUGCCUUUACUCCGGUCUUAACGACUGUUUUCAAUAGGAAUUUUGUUGACAAGUUUAUCUCCUGGGAAAACGGUCCUAAUCCAAUGAAGUCAAAGAUGGAAAAGAAUUUUAUAUUGACUUUCUUUAUAAAUUAUACCCCAUUGUUAAUAACCAUGUUCAUUUAUUUGCCCUUAGGUUAUAAAUUUACUCCUGAAUUAAAAAAGUCUUUAGCAGGGUGGUGUCUUUAUUUCCACAUCCCUAUUACUUCCUCUCUUUUUAGAGUUGAUCCAACUCGUUACAGAACUCAAUUUUUCUACUUUAUCGUCACAAAUCAGCUGAUAUUGUUGGCUACUCAAAAUAUUGUACCAAUUCUAAUUGAGAUAUUACUUCCUAAGAUUACAGGUGAGGCAAACCCAGAGUCAGAACAAUCAAAAAUUUCAAUUAAUAUGAAGAGCAAAUUUCCAAAAGAUUAUGAGCUAUGGAGAACUGUUAGAUCUUACAAUAUAGGGCCAUGGGGCAAUUUUGAUUUAACAGUUAAUCGUGAAAAGCUUGUCAUUCAAUUUGGAUUUUUAGUAAUGUUUUCACCAAUUUGGCCACUUUCACCAUUUAUAUGCUACGUGCUUAAUCACAUCAUCAUAAAGGCAGACAUGUGGCGAGCUAUCAAGAAAUGCAAACCUUUUAUACUUCAAACCGGAGAGAAGCAAUACCUUGAAGAUUCAAUAAAACCACAACCUACAAGAUCAUGGAACGUGACAAUGCUGAUUGUAUCCCUUCUAGGUGCUACAAUUUCAUCUAUUACGACAAUUAUGUAUAGACACUGUUUCUUACCUGAUGUAGGAGUUGCAACUGAAUUUGAAAAAACUGAGCUUUGGUAUAGGUAUCCACCUAUUCCGUAUUCAUGGUCUACAAUAUUGGUGUUUGCAAUAUUCUCGGAGCAUCUUUCAGUUUUGGUCUAUUUCUUUUUUAGCAGGUUUUUCGAAAGUACUAAGCAGAAGUUAAAUAAAGGGUAUGUACCUACUAAAGGAGAGAAAAUAGUUAUUCAAGGUCGCUUAUCACACCUGGUAGCUGAAACAGACAAGUUUAUGACUGAGGAAAGUUUACUCAUUAAUAACGGUAAAGUUAAGAACGAUGCCAAUAUAAACUCUGACUCCGAGGUUAACAGAUUAGCCUUCCUAAAGAAAGAUAUUACCGUCGAAAAUAGUAAAUUUGAUGGGAAGAGCAAUAAUAAAGGAUCAAUUGGAGAUGAUUGGGCUAUUAUUACUGAAUCCAACAGGGAAAAUAAACCAAAUAUCUUGAGAUUAGGUGACCAGGCUACCGCUAAUCAUGGUAAAGGUGUUGAUAUGAUCACAGCUUCUAACAAUAAGGUUGAAAGGCGUAGAUCGUCAAUAUCCCAUCAUUUUGCUGGCGCCACGAUCCCAGAUACUAUUCCAACAUCUAAAAACUACCAUUUCGGAGAAAAGAGGUACACGAUGAAGGCCAAAUCUCUAAAACACAAUCCAGAUGUUUCGGUUGAUCCAACUCAAUCCAUAAUUUCUGGUAUUGCUCGUAGAGAACCAUCUAUUUCGACCUUAGCUAAAGAUAAAGCUCAUCGUUCAGAGAAGAAUUUUAUUGAAGGUAGCAUAAGCACAAAAGCUGCCUCAACUGCCUUGACAGGAACAAAUGUUUCCUCGAUUGAACCCUGCCCACCUGGUGAACAUGUAAGACUGCCACAGAAGCAACGGAAUGAGGCUCUUGAAAAGAACAUUAUGAUGAAUAAAAUCGAAGGCAAUAUGACGGAAGUUCCUACUUCUUCUACAACGAAAAGAAAAUCACAGGGUCCCUCUUCACUCAGAAGCCUAACACACUCUAUCAAAAAGACAGUAAGUGGCAAUGAUGCUUCAAAGAAGAAAUCUUCAAACGAGCAAUCUACAUUAACAAAAAAGAAGAAUGGUAUAUUUAGUAAAAUUAGACAAAAAAUUUGA